AAUCUGUACACGGAUCAACCGACGGAGCACAACUCUCACUUUCCCCCGCCACCUUGACAAAGCGCGGGGUAGUCGUAGUACCAAGCCAACCGCCGUCAUGCCCUGCUUCAAGGGCAUCGCCGUGAGCAUUCACGCCAAUGGAACGCCGCUGCCCGAGUACGGCAUCCAGAAGCAAUCCCGCGUCUCGCGCAUCAACGCGUACAUCCCGGUGCCGCAGCCCCAGCUCAACCCGGAAACCAACAAGCCCGAGCCCGCAAAGUUCGCCAUCUCGAUCACCCUGCUGACACCGGGCCUGGCGAUACCGUACUCGGCUCCCAAACCCACUCCGAGCAACCCGUACCCGAAGCCCCAGCUCGUCGGCCCGCUGCCGUCGAGCACCGGAGAGCGGGGCAAAUACCAUGGCAUCGUCACGCCAUACAUCCCGAUGACCAACAGCGAAAACGAGACCAUCGCCGCUUACAUUUACUUUGAUGGCAGGGCCAAGGAGGAGGUCGCCACUCUAUUACGCCCCGGAGAAGAGACCUGGGUCAACAGCAGAUGGGUCCAAGUCCCGGAGUCGGAAGGCGGCGGCCUUGCCGAGCGGGAGUUCCUCUUCCGCGAGGUCGGCCUGGAGCGCUGGCUGAACGGCCUCGACCUUAAGGGCCACGAUGCCGCAGAAAAGCUGGAGCGCCGGAGGCAGAAGUUCGAGAGGCGCAGGAGACGGCAAAAGGAGCGCUCCGGAGAGGGUGCUAACAUGGACGUCGAGGGGCCCAGCCGGCCGCGUGGCACCCUCAGGUAUGGUGCCGACGAGUGCUCCCCCGUCGAGGCCGUCCUUGACGAGGACUCCAUUUCGUCUUCGGACGACGAUGAGCCCCCCGAGGCGACGGGUCAGAUCAAGGUCGCCAUGUUCCGGGUGAUCGCUUCCGGCGAAAUCAAAAAGGGAGAGUACUCACCCCAGUUUGACGCCCACGACGACUCCUCCGAGGAUGAGGGAAAGGGGGCCUCGAACGGAAUCGAUGCGGAUGUCGAGCAUACCACGAGCUUUGCAAAGCCCAAGACGCUAGAUCCCAAGACGAUCAGUACCCAAACAGUUACGGGCAUCGACGGGCCGGACAAGCCGUAUGCCGUGUUUACCUUCUUUUACCGAGGCGAACGUCAACUCCAGAAAAUGGGCAUCAUGGCCCCCCCGAAGUCGCAGACAACCUCACCAGCUCUCAAACGCCGGUCCGGCCAGCUCGACUUCUCAAACCUUGGGCCUCUCAAGACCAGCGGUACCGUGGGCUUCUCGGCGUUCCGGGACAAAGACAGCCAGCCGUCUAGGAGGAAAAAGUCGCGCAAGAGCAACGGCACAGCCGCGAGCACCGCCAUGGACGCCGAUAGCGAAGACGAUGACGACGACGACGACGACGAAGGCGACAAGAUUUUGCCCAGCAUGGAGGACUUGGAUAGUAAGGAUGACAAGACCAAGACUGGACCAGAAGACGCCAAGUUCACGGGAGAGCUUGCCGAUGGUGUGAAUCGCAUUCGGCUCAAGCGAGCUCAUUCCGCUGAGCCAGACAACGCCUCCAGCCCAAGGAAAUCUCCCUCCGCCGACGUCUCCACACCUCCUGAAGCGCCUGCUCCCGGCGGCCUGGCCCCGCUCGGCAGUGCGGCCGGAAUAUUCGGCAAGAACCUCACAGAGGACAGCAACUCUGUCGGUAGUCCCUUGAAGAAGGCGCGACCUAGCCUGGGUGCUGAUGCGAGUGUUGGUGGAGGCGACGUCGGCAGCUCCGCAGGCGGAAGCUUCCCCGCCACGCUCGGCGAUAUACUCGCCAAGGCUCAGGCUGCUCAGGCAAACCAGGAUCAAGAGCGGCCUGCGCCGCCGGUGAAGAUGGAGGAAGAGGAGGAGUUAUAAUCGGCGGGGUGCGGACCAUGUCCAGUGCAGAGUUCUUUCGGGGUCAGCUGUGAUUUACUCCUAUGAUUGGCUUGUUUUGCUGUUUGGUCUAUCAAUGACAUCAACGGACGGACGACGCCGCUCCGCGUUGCUGUUAUACGAUACGCAAAAGAGAAAAA